UGUCCACUGCGCAUCAAGGGGCGUCUCUUAUUUUAUAUUUCUCACGUCUCUAGCUAUAUUUGUUAAGUUGUACGUUGUAUUUCGAGAUAAAUAUAAAGUAAUCGAUUUGACUGUUAAAAAGAACCUUGUCAGUCUCAUUCAAUUCGAUAGUGAUAUCUAGUCGUUUAUCGCGAUGUUUGCUACGAUAGUUACCAGUGUUUUAGCCUUAAUUUUGACAGCAUGGGCUGUAAUAAAAUGGAGAGGAUCCUAUUGGGAACGAAGAGGAGUUGUAGUGGCAGAUACCACCAAAUUCACUUUCAAAACAAAAAAGGCAUUGUCUGAAAUCAUUUUCGACCAAUACAGAAGAGGUAGAGAACUAAAACAAAAAGUUCUUGGAACGUACGUCUUCACCAACCCUUUUCUUAUGGUCAUCGAUCCUGCUAUUAUUAAAAGAAUCAUGACGAAGGAUUUUGACCAUUUUCUGGGCCACGGAACAUAUCACCAUCCUAAAGAUGUGCUCAGUAUGCAUUUAUUCAGCUUAGAAGGCGAAGAAUGGAGGCAUCUAAGGGUUAAACUAACUCCCACCUUUACUUCAGGUAAAAUGAAGAUGAUGUUCGAUACCUUAGUCGAAAAAACGCACGGAUUGGAAAAAGUUGUUGGACAGUAUGCUGAUUCAGGAGAAGCAUGUGAGAUCAAAAACAUUCUAGGUAGGUUUACAACUGAUAUCAUUGGAAGCUGUGCAUUUGGAAUUGAAUGCAACUCCUUGGAGGAGCCGAACAGUGACUUCCGGACCUUUGGUAAAAAGGUUUUUCAAAAUGCCCCAAAACAAUUAUGGAAAAUAUUUGUAAUACCCAAAUGGAUACUGGGCCAGCUGAAUUUCAAACUUAGCGGAAAUGAUGUUACUGAGUUCUUCACCAAGGUCGUGAAAGACACGAUCAAAUAUAGGGAAACGCACAAUGUUUUGAGAAAGGACUUCAUGCAUCUGUUGCUUCAAUUAAAAAAUGGGGAAAAAUCAAUAACAGAGAAUGAAAUUAUAGCCCAAUGUUUUAUUUUCUUUUUGGCUGGGUUUGAGACAUCUUCAACUGCUAUGAACUUUGCACUUUACGAGCUAGCAGUAAAUGAAGACAUCCAGGAAAAACUAAGGACAGAAAUCGUUGAAGUUUUGGAAAAGCAUGACGGAAAGGUGACCUAUGAUGCCGUGGCUGAAAUGAAAUAUCUGGAUUUAGUAGUAAAUGAAACUUUAAGGAAAUUUCCACCAGUGUCUGCCAUACCGAGAAUCUGUAGUAAAACGUACAAAAUUCCAGACACGGACAUUGUUGUAGAAAAAGGCAUUCGCGUACAAAUUCCCGUUUGGGGUAUUCACAGAGACCCCGAAUAUUACCCCAACCCUGAUGUGUUCAACCCCGAAAACUUUACAGAAGAAAACAAAGCCAAAAGACCGGACUUCACAUUUUUGCCAUUUGGCGAAGGACCUAGGAUGUGCAUAGGUUUAAGAUUCGGAUUGUUACAAACCAAAGUGGGCUUGAUCAGCUUGUUAAGAAACUACCGUUUUACGUUAAAUAAUAAGACUAAGAUUCCUUUCGAAAUGGAAAAGUCUGGAAUUAUUCUGAGCGUGAAAGGAGAUAUUUGGCUGGAUGUUAAAAGAGUUUAAAAUAUUGGAGGAUAUUAUUUUACAAUUUAUCUUAUUUGUAAUUGAAAGCUUUAAGACUUUGUAUAAUAAAAUGUGUGUAAUUAUGUGAUUGUUACGUUUAGGAAAAAAAUAAUUUAGAGAACUUUUAUAUUAUUGUAUAAGUAUAGUAAGAUUGUAAUAUAUUUAUUUAUACUAGACUGUGUGGGUUCAACAAAAUAUAUAAUAAUUAUUGUUAAUACGUUUCUGUAUAGGUAAUAACACAGUAAUAAGUAGACACCUGUUCCAACAUGGUUCCAACUAUCGAACUAUCUAAAUCAUUUUCAGCGUUACAAGUAUUGUAGCAUGAUUUGAAAAGUGCAUCUUUGUUAUUGUAAAUAAAACAAGCUGGUAUAUACUAGCCUUGUUUAUAUUACUAGGUAUAUUUUAUUUUUAGGAACUGCUGUUGCCAUUUCAUAUCUCAUAAUUUUUCUAUCUCACACUAACAUAUAUAAGUAAUUCCUACCAAUUUCCGAGAUAAACAAUAAAACGUGUAAAAUUGACAAAAACAUGAUCUGUAAUAGACAUUGCUAAAAUCAUGAAAUGAGCAUUCUUAAAGUUGAAAUUUGGGUUAAGAAAAGUCGAUAUAUUUGAUCUUUCUAAAAGAACCGAUUGGAUAUCACAUACAGAUAAACAUUAUUUAUGUCCAUCUGUUAUAAAAUCGCUUAAAUCUUUUUUAUUUUAAAUUCAACAUGUAUAUUAUUUAAGAAAUCAAAAGAAAAAUAGAAUUGCUUUUCAACGAUA